GUUUGAAGAAAAAAUGGCCAAUUUUAAUAGACCACCACCAAUCAGAUCAAUGUCGCCAAUGCUUCAUCCUAGACCAUUUCCAGGCGGUAGAUCAAUUCCAUCGUUCUCUCAACCUGAUCAUUCUACAUGGAAUACUCAAGCAUUACGAGUAAUGCCUGUAUAUAGACCAACGCUGUCAACAUCAGUAGGUGAGCAAAUAGUCCCUCCGAUUCCACAACAACAGUCAUUAUCAUGUUGGUCAAUUGUUGGACAAUCCUUACCUACUCAUUAUCCUCCUCCUGCUCCUGUCGAUUUUUUCCCUAUCUCUCAACGAUAUCAAAUUCCAAAUUAUGAACUUAUGAAAUCUGCUGUUAAUUUUGAAUCGAUUUUAACUUCAUGGUUAAAUCAUUAUGAACCGAUAUUUAUUGAACGAAGAAGACAAUAUAAAGAACAGAAUAAUAUACAAUUACCGGUUUAUAGAAAUAUGUUAGUUAAAUGGUCGGAGUUAAUUCGAAACUUUCAAUCUUCAUUAUCAUCAAUAGAUGAACUAAAUACUGUUCAACAAUAUUGUACAGACCCACAUAUUAUUAAUUUGGUGAAAAAGAAACUUCGUUUAAUCCAGAAAAAAAGACGUUAUCUUAAACGUUUACGUGAUCGUAGACAAAAUUCACCAGUAAAAUCAUCAAUUUGUCCUGUCAUUGUACAAUCUACCACUGGUAGUAUACUUGAACGUUUAAAAGCAGACAUAGCAUUGACCAGUGAACAAUGCAGCGUUCAUAAUCAACAAGAAAUCAAUACAGAUAACAUUGCAAACAGCAUUAUUGACAAUGAAUCAAAAUGUCAACUGUCUAAUACACAUCAAAAAACAAUCAACAAUCCUCAUCCUCAUCACCAUCAUCAUGAUUAUCAAGUGAAAUUCACAUUACGUAAAUCUAUUGAUGAAUGUCAAACACGUUUAAAACUACUAGACAAUUUACAACAGUUACGUUCAGCGCGAUUAUUACAAGCUAAACAACAAGGCGGUCUUUUCCCUUAUCAACUUGAUGAAAAAUUCAAUUCUGAUGUGAAUGAAUUGAAAAAUCAACUUACUGUUCAAAUUAAAAAAUUGGAAUCGUUAUAUUCAAAAGUUAAAUGUUCACGUUAUUAUCAUUCUUUUUGUAUGUGGCCAGUUUUUUGGUUUGAUAGCGUACUGCAUCAAAAUUUUAUUAUUUUAUUGGGUAGCCAAAACGAAUUAGAACUUUUGUUUUCUUUAAGUCAGAUAAAUACCGGUGAAGUCGCAUACAUGCCUAAGUUGUUGAGUGCAAUAGUUGUAAAAAAAAAGAUAGAAAGCACUUCAAAACGUUGGGAACGUUUUUAUCAUCAAGCUGAUUAUAAUUUUUGUGAUUUCAUACGUAUUAGAUAUGCUUGGGAUAAAUAUUUGAAAAUGGAUAUUCCUACAAAUGAAAAUAUAGUAAAUAGUUACAUAGAUUUACAAUUACCGAAAAAUUGGAUUUUACCACAACUAAACUAUGAUACUACUACUCAUACUACUAAUCCACAAGAACAAGAAGAAGAAGACAAUGAAAUGAACACCAUACAACAGAAAUGGAGGCAAUACAUUAAACCAAUACCAUUGAAUUAA